AUGGCUGAUACCGACGACAACUGCAACCCUGCACAGCCCGAUACUGCAGAGCUCCUGCGGGAUCUCGAGGCUGUCACGGCAAGAUUUCGAGAGGCGUUCAAGGUCAGCAACACCAAGCAGGAGCAGCCUCUUGCCAAAGAUGAAUCAUCGAAAAUCAGUGAUAUCGGCGAGAGCCGUGAGGCCGUCAUAGACCCGUAUAUCCUUGUGCUUAUCGACGCGCACAGUCACAAUUUCAAAAAGAAUCAUGUACAAGGCGCCGAGAGUGGCGGUGCCAAAGCUGCGGCAGUACUCAAAGAAGAGACUACCCAAUACCUUUCGUCGCGCCUGUCAGCAAAAAAAUAUCGCACAGACAUAUACGUUUACGCCAACUUGAAAAUGAUUUCGUUUCCCACAGCAGAGCGACACACUGCGAAGAAAUUGCUUUUCACAAAGGCCGAUUCAACAGCAGCCUUGGCAAAAUUCGCAGCGGGCUUUUCCUGUAACGACGUGACAGUUAACUAUGUCAAUGUAGCUGACGAACAGGUCGUCGAGCGCAAGAUCUGUGCCUUAUUCAAGAUGCAUAUUACCGAACCCCAUUGUCAGCACAUAUUGUUUGGCGCAAGUGGCAGUGCCCGUUAUACAAGCACCCUGGGAGAGCACCUGAUGUUCGCCGACAAGAUUACACUGAUUCAAAGAGGCAAUCAUGAUACUAGCCUUAUGAAAUGGGGAUUAAGAACCACAAUCUUUGAGCGAGCCUUCGAGCCUCUUCCGGGCAUUAAUGCGACCUCUAAGAGCAUGGGAAAACCUUCCAAUUCAUAUAGUAGUCAGUCUGGAAAGAGUACUAGUUCGAUGUACUCGACUGCCAGCAGUCCCCGCAAGGAAAAUUUUAAAUCCCAAGUCAAGCCCUUUCCCAAGCCUCCAGCCCCCGUAAUUUCACUCCCUAUGCCUGGCGCUUCCGGAAAACUACCCGUGAACGCAGCUGGUCACCGCAUCGAUAUGCAUAUGAAAGCACCUACUAAGAGCGAAUGGAAUGAGUAUCAUGCUUGCAUCCGCACAAGAAAGCUGUGUACCAUGUUCCAUCUUGGCCAAGGAUGCAACAAGGCGUUUUGUACACACGAUCACAACCCGAUUACUGACAAUCAACGCUAUUGUCUUCAGUAUGCGAUGAGAGCAUUGCCAUGUCGUAAUAAUGGUGCAUGCCGCGAAGUACAUUGCAUCAGAGGCCACGCAUGCCACCGCAAAGCGUGCGACACCAAUCCUGAACCCUGCAAGAUGCCUCCCGGGCUUCAUGGAAUCGACUUCAGGGUUGCUGACUGGGUUGUACCGAAUGGAUCCUCUGAACGACCAGACGAGGUACCAGACGAGGUACCAGACGAAGUCUCAGACGAGGUACCAGAAGAAGACGACGCAAGCCAAGAGAAUCCCAUAGAGGUUGAAGAGAGUUGGGGUACGCGUGUCGGCGUCCUGAUUGAUAUUGACCCCUAUGAAAACGAAGAUGGUGGAGAGAUGAGUAUGUGGGUGUAG